GCUCAGCGCUGCGUUGAGUGUGCACGUACAUCGGGUCUGUUAUCGUUUUUGUGGCGUAAUAUAAAACUACCUUCAGCUAUGGAAAAUAAUAGUGACGGCGACAUACAAUUGAAUAGAAGUUUGGAAGUUCAAGAAAAAACGAGCAGGCAGGAAAGUGAUGUUGUUGAAGAGAUAGAAUGGGAUGACUCAAACUUCAGGAAUACUGAGAAAAGGAAGACUAGGGAAGAUGAAAGUAAUAGUGAGGAAGGUUUCCAAACUGUUACCCGCAGAAAGAGGGCAGCGAAGCGUUUACUGAGGAGUAACUCCCACAAGGGCCAAGUUGAACCAUCAAGAGGAGAAUCGCAAUAUAUUGAAAGAUAUGAAGUAUGUAUUACUUCUUUGGAGAUUUUACCUAAGCAAAUGGCUAUGGCAAAGUUGCUGAGAGGUGAGAAUAUUUCAAAUAUUUUGAGAAUAAAAUAUAAAAGCCCCUAUAAGGUUCUCAUUCAAGUAGAAGACGAAGAGACGGCAGAAAAACUGUUAGGUUGUCAAAAAAUACUUAAUAUGGGAUGUAGAUGUCAGAUGACUACGGAAACCAGUUUUUGUUAUGGUAUUGUGAAAAAUGUUGAUUUAGAUAUGACAGAAAAAGAUUUAGUGGAUGUUGUAGAAUCUUCAGCAGAAGUUGUCUCAAUUAAACGUUUAAAUCGCAUUGACGCAGAUGGAAAAUGGGUACCGAGUGAAACAAUAAGACUAUGUUUUAAAGGAACCAUUUUACCCCCAUAUAUAACAGCAUAUGGAUGUAGAUUCAAGGUUGAUACCUAUAUAUUCCCUGUAACUCAAUGUUCCGGGUGCUGGAAAUUUGGACAUGUAGUCAAGUUCUGUCCCACGAAGAAAAUUGUUUGCCCUAAAUGUGGAGAGAACCAUGAAAAUUGUGAAAUUAAAGAAUUUUCAUGUGCCAAUUGUAAAGGUUCCCACUUGGCCCUAGACAAAAUAUGCCCCAUUUACCAAAAAGAGAAAUUGAUUCGCUCUAUUAUGAGUAAGAAUAAUACCACGUAUAGAAAGGCAUUACUUAUUUAUAAAGAAGAGAUGGCGGAGAAAGAAGAGUCGGAGUCUGAGAUCAUAAACUGGGAAAUGGAACCGACCCCUGCACAAGCAACUGGUAUGGACACCAGCGCCUCACAGCCUGCCUCUGUCCCAAUUUCCGGUACUUCUCAAAAUACUUAUAGCAAUGUUGUAGGGGCUAAAACAAUGGUCCAGCAAACGCGACUAGAUAGUGAAGAAACUCCUGCCUCAUAUAAUAAGAAGAAAAACGACAAAAAGAAUAAAAAAAAGGAAGAAACGAAGGGAAAUCUUUGCAACACGGAAAAAUGUUCUAUGGAAUUCGAGGAAGUCGAAAUGGGUAAUAAUAAAAAACAGGAAUCACAACGAGCAACUCAGCAAGAAAGAAGAUCAAAGUUUAGAAUAAUUUUUGAACGUUUUAAAGAUAUAUUAUUGUCUAAUGUUUCGGUGGGAGAAAAAAUUUUUUUGUUGCUUCAGUUGAUUGUUGAACAAUGUAAAGUUGUUUUAAAGGAUAUGUUUACCGAUGGAGAGAUGUUAGGCAAAAUUUUUAAACUUUUUAAUGGAUAGACCUAUUAAAAAUUUUACUAUUAAUAUAUUACAGUGGAAUGCACAAAGCCUCAGACCCAAAUUGGCAAGUUUUGAAACAUUAUUGCAACAAGAAAAAAUACACAUAGCCAUUUUGAGUGAAACAUGGUUAGAGCCUGAAGCCUGUUUGAAGAUCCACGGAUAUAAUAUUUACAGAAGGGAUCGGCCUGAUACCUAUGGAGGAGUUGCCAUCAUAGUUCACAAAUCGAUUUCAGUACAGUCAUAAGGAUUUCAGUUGUUGUGAGGAUGAAAUUCAAGCCGCUUUGGAUGUAACCGUAUCUCUUUUAAAUGAUUUGGGAUUGGAGCUAUCUUCAAGUAAGACAAAACUAUGUGUAUUCAGUAGAGGUCGUAGGCAGCUGGUACCCAAUGUUAAAAUAAAUUCGGUGACAUUAUCUUCCAGCGAGUGUAUAAAAUAUUUGGGACUAUGGUUGGACAAAAAACUACUGUGGAGCAAGCAUAUCAAUGAAGUAAGCGAAAAAUGUUUAAAAUUUUUGAACAUUUUAAAAGUACUAACAGGGUCAUCUUGGGGAGUACAUCCUAAUCAUAUGCGAAAAUUAUAUUUAUCACUUAUUAGAAGCAGACUGGACUAUGGAAGUGGCUUGUUUGGAAAUAGUGCUCAAACACAUUUAAAAAAAUUAGACAAGGUUCAAAAUCAGGCUUUAAGAAUCAUAGGAGGUUUCCUUAAGAGCACGCCCAUACAUGUGAUGGAGAGUGAAUUAAGUAUACCUCCCCUGUAUAUAAGAAGAGUUCAGUUGACAUACAAACAUUGUUUGAAAUUUCAAUCAAUUUCAGAAAACGAAAGUGUAAACCUUCUUGAUAAGUUAAGUACUCUGUGUCAAUUUAAAUACUGGAAGAAAAAAAAGAAA